UGUGUCAAACAAAUAGGUUAUGUUAGUCAAUCAAGGUGAAAGUUCUAAAAAUGUAACUGUAAAAAAUAUUUUUCGGAUAGCCAAAAAAAUUCAUUUCAUUCGCAAUUCAAUAAUGCACUUGGUUGUGACUAACAGUACACACCAAACUAAUAAAUUAUUCAAAACAAGUCUUUCUUAUCUGGGUCAUCCUUUUACUAAUCCAUUGAGAAGUGUUCAGUUUGUGGUUAAACCAUGACGAGUUUAAAGCUAAACCGUCUUGUAAAAUACUCAUUGGUUGCAAGUGCAACCAUUGGUACAGCUGUAAGUCUUCAGGGAAACCAAUACCAACUCAAUUCAAUUGGAAUCGUGAGACUAACUCGCGCCGCAGUGACAGUGUUCCAAAUCGGUGUCAUUUACAAAAAAGACCUUUAUGGUCAAAACCUCGACAAAAACUCCGAAGAUUAUAAAAAACUCAAGUCGAUUUGUCACAAAAGAAGCGCUGAAAAGUUACUCGAGUUGUGCUGCACCAAUAAGGGGACUUACAUCAAAGUAGGCCAACAUUUAGCCGCCUUGGACUACUUACUACCCCCCGAGUACGUGCAAACCAUGAAAGUGUUGCACAGUCACGCCCCUACCAACCCCAUCGAAGACGUCCACAAAGUCCUCCGGGAGGACCUCAAAAAGGACCCUUUCGAGGUCUUCCAAACCAUUGAACCAGAACCCUUGGGCACGGCUUCCCUAGCCCAAGUCCACAAAGCCACCCUUAAGGACGGAACCACCGUCGCCGUCAAAGUCCAACAUCCCUACAUCCAAGGCAACGCCAGAGUGGACCUGAAAACGAUGGAAUUCCUCGUGAAAAUAAUGAGUUGGGUGUUCCCCGAGUUCAAAUUCCAGUGGUUGGUGGACGAGACGAAGAAGAACAUCCCCCAGGAGCUCAACUUCGAGCAGGAGGGGCGCAAUGCCGAGAAAGUCGCCGAGAUGUUUAAACAUGUUGAGUGGCUCCACAUCCCUGAGGUAAUCUGGGGUUUGACCACCCCCCGAGUCCUCACGAUGGAGUUCGUGGAAGGGGGCCAAGUGAACGAUUUGAAGUACAUCACCCAGCAUGGGAUUGACCCCUUCGAGGUGUCGGAUAAGUUGGGGAGGCUUUACUCCCAAAUGAUUUUUAUCAAUGGUUUCGUGCACAGUGACCCCCAUCCUGGGAAUAUUUUUGUGAGGAAGUCGGAGAGGGGCGACUGUGAUAUUAUUUUGUUGGAUCAUGGAUUGUAUGCGAAUUUGAGCGAUGAAUUUCGAGUCGAAUAUGCGAAUUUGUGGUUGAGUAUCUUGAAUCGAGACAGGAAGGCGAUGAGACUCCACAGCGGCAACUUGGGGAUCAAGGGGGACCUCUAUGGGUUGUUUGCCUGCAUGGUGACGGGGCGCACGUGGGACACGAUUUUGAAAGGCAUUGAUCAGCAAAAACCAUCAAAGAGCGAAAAGGACUUAUUAAAACGGGAGUUUCCAAACGUCCUACCACUGAUUUCAGGGGUUUUAGAUAAAGUUAAUCGACAAAUGUUACUUAUUUUUAAAACUAAUGACUUAAUGAGAGGGAUUGAACACACGUUGAAAACUAGUGCUAGAAUGGGGGCUUUUUGCGUCAUGUCACAAUGCUGUGUAAGAUCGGUUUACAGUGAAAAACUGUGUAAAGAAAAUAGCAAAAUUGGCAAAUUUAGAAUAACCUUAGCCCAAUUUUGGGCACUUUUUAAAAUAAAAUUGUACUACUCAUUCUUGAGUAUUAGACAAAUCCUCAGUACAUGACAAUUUUAUAUUUUAGUAUUUUUAAACAGUUAUUAAAUAAAAGAAUUUAUUUAUGUAAA